AUGAUUUUCGCACUGGUCUUCGUCUGCACGCGUAUAUCGCAAAUCACCACCCUCAUCAUCAUGAUGGGAAUGCUCUCCUGGUUCGUCGACAAGUUUGUCGGCGCCAACGUCCUCGCCCCGACCGCGAUCCUCAUCCUCUUCAUCGUCUCCGUCCUCGCCCUCGCCUGGGCCCUCUUCACCCUCUUCAGUUACCACCGCUCCUCGGCCAACGCCUUCUUCGUCGCCAUCAUCGACAUUGCCAUUGUCGGCGCCCUCAUCGCCGGCAUCUACCACCUGAGCAACAUCCGCUUCGCCUCGUGCUCCUCCAACCCGGCCCCGAGCAGCCUCUGGACCAACGAGCUCGGCGGCAACUUUCGCGCCCUCUCCUGGAGCCCCGAGGGCCCCUGCCACAUGCUCAAGGCCAUCUGGGCCUUUGCCAUCAUGAACGCCAUCUUCUUCGCCUGGACUGCGUUUGCCGCCUUUAUGCACGGCGACCACUUUAGUGCCGAGGAUGAACGCCGCGACAAGAAGCGCCGGCACUCGAGUCGCCACAGCCAGCGCCGCCGCAGCCGCUCCCGCUCCAACGGCUCAUAUAGUCAUCAUAGCCACCACUCGCAUCGGGUAUACGUCUAA